GCGAAUCCAAAUCAUGUGAUUUUGAUGUUUUAUAAAAAUAAUAUUACUUAAUAGUUGUCAUAGGCAAUCUCGAAAAAUCAAUUAACGUUUUUCUUAGUUACCACUGGAGACAGUUGUUGAUACCUCGAUAGUAGAAUUAUUCUUACAUUUUCCGUCGAUUUCGUUAAUUUUGUCUUCCGUAUUACGAAUUUGUUUUGUAAUUUAUUCGUUUCAAAUAUACCAAGAGUAUAUUUUAUUGUUUUUAUAUUUAAUUUGUUGUGGAAGAUAAAUUAAAAAACAAUGAACAACAUGGAAGCAAUUUGUAUUUGUGAUAUGGUCGGCCACCUGAAAGUUAAGAAAAUGAUGUAUACGAAGAAGAAAUGUUCGCUGUGUGAUCAGAGAUGUCUUUUUAGAAUUUUGAAAAUGGUUGAAUGCAUCGCGUGCAAUUGUGUCAUGCACAAAAGGUGUUUUGAGGUGGCUAAAAGUCAGUUAGUGUACGCACCGUCCGGCGGUAUAGUGGUGGACCAAAACAUCAGUACCCAAGCCACUCUUGACCAUAGACGCCAAAUACUCGGUGUUACUGCAGACACUGAAAAACAAAAGGCAGAAAACCGCGGUCCACAGUUAAAGACUGAAGUGCUAUGGCUGCGGAACACUAGAAAUUCGGCGGUCUACAGGAUGAAAGUAGAAUUGAAAAUCGGCGAAAAGUGUUACGUGGACUAUUAUAAGCUAGAUGUCAAAAAGUUGUGUUGAUGGCAGCGGUGAUCAUAUCGGAAAAGGAAAGAAGCUUAUGGAAACAAAGCUUACAAUAGUUAUUUUACCUAAAGCAUUAAGAAGUUGGAUGAUGUAAAAUUAAAUUGAACAUAUAAAUACAA